GAAUGCGUACGCAGAAAGAAAGACGUCCUUGCUGAGAGAAGCCGCACUGCAGCACUUUGGAUUCAGUACCUAGAAAUGGUGGACAUAUUGCGCUCCUUUCUCAAAGCAGAGUGAACAGCUAAUUGGGAACUCCACCUCGAGGCAUUGACAAGAAUGCUGCCAUAUCUCGCUGGUUCUGGCCACAACUUGUACGUUAAGUGCGCUCAACUAUACCUACAGUCGAUGACGGACCUCCAAACAAAACAUCCGGAUGUCUACAGAAACUUUGCUUCCGGUCUUCGCGUGGCAAGAAGGAGUGAUAGGUUUUUGGCAGGAUUAUUGAUUGACCUAAUCAUCGAGCAGGUUCUUAUGAGAAGUCUGAAGACGAGCGGAGGCUUGACAAGAGGAAGGGGCCUAACGGAGCAGCAACAUCUUAUCUGGCUAUUAUCUAUGCCGGCAUGCGCCAAAACCAACCACAGUAUCCAAGAGUUGACGGGAGUACAGUUUGAUUCGGGCGAGCAAAACAAAGAUAUGUCCAAGGCAAGACAGGCAAGAGACACGAAAGACACAAUGACCACCAUCAGUACUCUGGCUGCACAUAACCCUUUCUCUCCUGACAGUGACAGUCUAAGAAACAUCAUGAAUGGGGUAAAUGCCAAUAGUAGUGUUAAUGCUGAUGACGCCAAACGUGUCGGGGAGAUCCUGUCGUCAAUGAAUGGGAAGAGUCCCAUGGAUUACACAUUCAAACGAAGUGCCCAGGCAAUCACUAUGGCAUCGAAGUCCUCUGUGAAGAUUAACAAUGAUCAAGUACAAGUUGACCCGCAACUUUUAUUUCAGCGACUGAUCAUGGCCUGUGAAAACUCCCAACUUGCGGAAUUAUUUCGAUACAAGCUCUGCACUUAUCCCACAUCUCUUUUCGACUCCCCAUUAACGCUUAGACAACCACAAAAACCAGCGCUAGCGGAAGCACUGUGGGUGAAGCUUUCACCAGAGGCCAAGACGCAGCCCAAAGGAAAUGUCCAAUAUGUGUUGGAUGGAGGUGCCCUUCUCCACCGAGUCCCGUGGCCAAGAGGUUCUCCAACUUACAAGGAAGUGUGCAACUUGGAUUGCAGCUACAUGCGUAUGAAAUAUGGAAGAGCAAUAGUGGUAUUUGACAGGUAUGACGAAAUGUCAACUAAAGCUAUGACACAGCAGAGGCGUGCAUCAGGGAAGGUUGCUGCCACUGUCACCUCUACAGAAAGCAUGUCCAUCACGCUAAAGAAAGAUAACUUUCUCUCUAACUCCAAGAACAAGGAACGCUUUUUGAUGAUGCUGAGUCAGGCUCUACAGAUUGCAGGCUAUGUGACACACCACUCCGAUGGUGUUGCCAAUCUGCUUAUAGUGAAAACUGCCGUAGAGUCUGCCCAAACGAACACCACGGUUCUUGUAGGGGACAACACAGAUUUGCUAGUCCUCUUGUGCUAUCAUGCUUCUGAAGAUGGCUGUGAUUUCUAUUUUAGACCAGAGCCAAAGGCAAACACGAGAGGGGCACGGGUUUGGCAUAUGAAGAAAGUCAAAGAUCAGCUUGGUAGGGAAGUUUGCAGGAAUCUCCUGUUUCUUCACGCCAUGACCGGCUGCGACACCACUUUGCACCUGUAUGGAGUUGGCAAGGCAACGGCACUAAAGAAAUUUGAGAAUGUACCAUGCUUCCGAGAGCAAGCUAAUACGUUCAGCUGCCAUUCGGCUGUAUCUGACGUUGUUGCUGCAAGUGAAAAAGCACUUGUGGCACUUUUCGGUGGAAAGCCAGGGGUUGGUCUUGACUCUCUCAGGUAUCAGCAGUACUUUGAGAAACUUGCAACAAAGACAUCUCAUAUACAGCCACAGAAUCUCCCCCCAAGUGCAGCAGCGGCCCAAUUCCACAGGCUGCACGUCUAUCUACAAGUAAAGCAGUGGUAGGGGGAGAAUGCAGAAAUGUUGAUCAAGGACUGGGAUGGAAAGUAAUUGGCGAUCAAUUGGUUCCUGUUGCGACAGACCUGCCACCUGCGCCAGACUCGCUUCUACAGUUAAUCAGAUGCAACUGUUUGUCUGACUGCCGCAAUAUGAGGUGCAUCUGCCGCAAGAAUGGUAUGCAGUGUUCUCCAGCCUGUGGCCAGUGCAAAGGGUCCAUGUGCACUAACUCUACCACCGCCCUGGACUACGAAAGUGAAGAUUCGGAAGACUUACUUGUAUAGCAUGUGUAGAUUACAAUUCAAGAAUGACUAUUUCUAGCACGAAGAUAAGGGAUAAACGUGUCUUGGAAAAUGUAAACUUUCAAAUAACUCAGCAUUUUAAAAGUUGUUCUUUUACGGGUCUUUAUUUUAAGACUAAGGCCCGGGAAACAUUGCGCUAAGAGUAUGUUCUUAAUUUUAAAGGAAAGGCAUGAUUUAUACCAAUAAAACAGCCGUAAAGAACAACUUCCCCUUUAUAGCCUCAUUUUCACGUUGCAGCAGAAAGCGAGUUAGACGUUGAUCGUAUUUGGAGGCUUUCCCAUGCUUGAAUCUUUAGACUUUUAGUAUGUUAAUGUAUAGGUUAUUUCUAACUGGUUUACAAUGAGAAAGCUUCUGUUGCAAUUAGUAACAGGUCUGAUUACAAAAUCCCUGGACUAAAUUGUAAUACUCAAACUGAGCCUGUUUUAAGGAAUGUAUUAAACUCACGUUUCCUUUUCAUUGAAUUCCCUCCUGUAUCAACAACAACAACCACUUUACUUGUGCUGUUAAAGAUCAUAACACAUGUAUAUGGACUUAUUUCGAUGUUCUUUCAGUAAAUUUGCAAGAGUUUUCACAAUUUAUGAGCUGUGGGAAAUGCCAAUCCAAUGUGAAAGAAAUGAUUGCACAGACCACGUACUGACAACAUGUGCAAAUGGCAGUUUGAAUAAUGAGACUAAAAUCAGUGAAUCAGCAUAUUUGUCUGCUCCAAAAGUUGUGCAGUGACAAAAAAUGAAGAACUAAAAGACACCAUUCUGUAUUAAAUGACAAUAUGAACAGCGAAAGUGAGAGCAGUUGUGAAUCUAAAAUCGGUCAUUCCACAUCUUUGCCAGGUGCUCAAUCUGUGCACAGUAAUAAAAAACAAAGAAUGCAAAGGCAUCAUUCUAAUGUGCCAAGUGACAGUAUACACAGUGAAAGUGAGAGCAGUUGUAAUUCUAGAAUCAGUGAAUCCACAUCUUUGUAAGGUGCAACAAAAAUUAUUGGGCAUGGUAGCAAAAAGCAAAAAAACAAAAAGAAAACAUUCUAAUGUGCUCGUUUCAAGAAAAAUAAAUAUUUCAGACCAUAUUUCAGACAAUGAGGUACUUGAAAACCUGACAAAGAAUAGCAGAAAUAAGACUGAAAAUUCAUAUUUUACAACAAACCCCUGACAUUGUUGGGGAUAAAUGCAUCCACAUUUCAAACAAUGAUUGAUUUUGACAAUGAAACAUGUGCUGAGGAACUCCAUCAGUAAAAAUCAUCUCAGUAAAAUAUGAAGUUUCAUAAAUCACUAAAAUUUCAGAUUUAUCACUGCUGUGUGUGCCAUGAAGCUUGGCCUUUGAACACAAAGCCAAAAAAUACUGUUGGUUACACUUGUUCUUGUUUUCUGCGAGACAAGAAUGUUCCUAAGAAAUUUUUAAUCGCGAACUCUGCGAUACGUUCCCAUUCCAAGAGUUACAAGGCUUAACUCAGUUUGAAGAGAUGCUUAUUGCAAGAGCAUUUCCUGUAAUGCAUGUAUAUACAAAACCAAGAGGUGGCCAAAUGGCAUACAAAGGGCAUGUUAUUACCUUGCCACAGGAUGUACAACAGCUUGCAGAUAUACUGCCCAGGUGCCCUUAAGAUUUGCCUGUCAUUAUUUUUACCAUCAAUGGGCAGGAUAAUAGUUCUUCAGAUUUUGUAGUAAGGCACCAAAAAGUGGAAGCACUUAAUUGGUUAACUGGUGAAAAAGAAAAUGGACAACCUAAUAACCCACUGUAUAAAAAUGUAAGGAUAGAUAAGCAAACCCUUGUUAAUUUGCCAGAACACGGAAUUCUUUCUGAUGUUACCUGAGUUGAAUGUGGAGACAGUACAGUUGAAAAUGACGAUGUUGGCAUUGACACUGGGCCUGUUAAUUUUGAAGAUGAUGAGAAAGUUUAUAACUCGCAAUCUGAAAUGGGUAGCUUUGUUCCAACAAACAUUGACACCAAAAGAGAAGAAAAAAAUCAGUGAAGAAUCUCUUAAUGCCCCACAGCCACACAAUUGGAAUAUUGGUGAUGAGCCUUUAAGUGAUUAUGAAGACAUGUUAAAUUCAGUACAGAGACAUACACAAUGUUCCACAGCAU